AUGGCUUGUGUUGAACAGGACAAGCUGGGUCAAGCAUUUGAAGAUGCUUUUGAAGUACUGAGGCAACAUUCAACUGGUGAUCUUCAGUACUCCUCAAAUUACAAGAAUUACCUGGCUUUCCUCAACCACUGUUCUCAUGUCAGAGGAAAUUCCAGCAGCUAUGGUGUGCUGCCCACAGAGGAACCGGUCUACAAUUGGAGAACAGUAAUAUAUUUAUAUAACAGUGCUGCGGACCUCUGUUUUGAAGGAAAUAUUCAUCAGUCUCUGCAGAACAUCCCUGAAAACCAGCUGGUGCAACCUACUCUUCUCCAGCAAAAGGGAGGAAAAGGCAGGAAGAAGCUCUGACUGUUUGAAUACCUUCAUGAAUACCUGUGUAAUCCCGAGAUGGCAUCUUGUAUUCAGUGGAUAGAUCAAACCAAAGACAUCUUUCGGUUUGUAUCAAAAAACAAAGAAAAACUUGCCCAACUUUGGGGGAAAAGAAAAGGCAACCAGAAGACCAUGACUUACCAGAAAAUGGCCAGAGCGCUGAGGAAUUAUGGAAGAACUGGGGAAGUCAUCAAAAUCUGGAGAAAGUUAACUUACCAAUUCAGUGAGGCCAUUCUCCGAAGACUGUCUCCAUCUUAUUUCUUGGAAGAAGAGAUCUUCUACUCACAGUAUGUCCAACCUGAUCAAGGAUAUCUCAGUUUAAAUAACUGGAAUGCAAAUUAUAAUUAUACAUACGCCAAUUACCAUGGUCUAAGUCACCCUGAUUGCUAA